AUGUUGUCUGGUUUAUCAAAACAGCGAUCCCUUUCUUCGGUGACACCAGCAAUGUUAAUUGGAAAUAGUCGAUUGGAUCCGUUAUCGUUAGGUAUGAUGGGCAUGGAUAAUCGAGAAGCUGUGAUCAUCGAUAUCGGCGCUGUCCUAACCAAAGUUGGUUAUGCAGGUGAAUUUGUUCCACGUGCAAUAAUACGAACAGAGUUGUUAGAUGAUUGUAGAGGUGAAACAGUAAAAGUUUUCGAUGAUACAAUUAGUGAAGAAGAGCUUUAUCGUAGACUGGUGAAAUUUUUCCGAGAGUUGUUUUUCAAAUACUUACUAACGGUUGCCAAAGAUCGCCGAAUUGUAAUCGUUGAAAGUAUUUUGGCACGGACAUCACAUCGAAAUGCCGUGGCACGAGUACUAUUUGAUGCUUUCGAUGCUCCAUCGGUACUUUUCGCUCCAUCGCAUCUAUUGGCAACAUUUUCAUUUGGUGUCUCAAAUGCUCUUGUUAUUGAUGUCGGAUAUUCGGAAGCAACUGUUGUCCCGAUUCUUGAAAGUGUCACUAUGUUGUAUCAACUGGAAACCUCAUGUAUUGGUGCGAAAUAUUUAGAAGAACGCGUUUACGAACUAUUGCGAAAGUACGGCAAAGUAUUGACGUUUUCGGGUGCUGAACGAGCAUUAACUGAUAGUGAUGAUUUGUUAAUAAAAAAAGAACACAUUUUAGAAGAUAUUGUUGUUAGGUUUUGUUUUGCUACCAAAAUCGAUCGUGGAAAAAUGAUACAAGCAUCGGAAUAUAAUCCAGAACGUGAAAUUCCGAAAGCACCUUGCGAUGUUCGUUUACCAUUUGGCGAAGAAAUGCUUAUUGUGCCGGGUCUUAUAAGGGAAUGGACAGCGGAAGCAAUUUUUGAAGAAAAUGAUGAUAUCAGAUCAUUACCACAACUAGUACUUGAUGCCGUAUAUCGGUGUCCAAUUGAUACAAGAAGAAAGCUGUUAGAUAGUAUAAUAUUGGUUGGUGGUACAACACGUAUGAAAGGUUUCUAUGCGCGACUUCGAGAUGAAAUUUUACAUUUACUGACAGCCCCGGCUUAUGCGCAAAAAUUAGGCAAUAUUAAAUCCGUUAAAUUUUAUCGAUUACCAAAUACAUCAAUUGAAUUAUAUGCUAGUUGGAUUGGAGGUAGCAUGUUUGGAGCUUUAGAUGUGCUGCAAUAUCAUUCUAUGACACGACAGGAUUGGAAGGCACAAGGUAAAGUACCGGAUUGGACGAGCAAUGUUUAUGAGAUGAAUCGAGAUCCGGCGAGAAGUCGUUAA